AAUGGAGCUGUUUGAUGAACACACUGUGUGAUGUGUGGUUCUUCUAAACAUCUUAGAAUUAUAAUGAAACUGGAUUGAGUUUUGAGAAUAGCAUUGCCACUAGGCGUCUGUGUAGUUGCAAAUCUAUCUGUCUUCCAGUUAGCUUUUAGUUUUAGUAAUAAUAAAUAUGUCAUUGAAGAAAGAAACGCCAUCUGAUCAGCAAAUGCAUCUAGCUGCACUCCAGGGAAAUCUUGAACAACUCAAGCGGACGUUGGAUUCUGGCCGUGUACAUGUGGAUUGUAAAGACAAGGAGGGGACAACGCCCCUGAUCCUUGCUGCUGCCAACAACCAUGUAGAAUGUGUGAAGGAACUGUUACAACAGGGGGCAGAUCCCAACGCUAGAAGGCUGACAGGGACAUGUGCACUGUUUUUUGCGUGCCAGGGAGGGUUCAUUGAUGUGGUCAAAGUUUUAUUGGAACAUAAUGCCAGUGUUGACCUGGCUAGUUUUGAUGGAGGCACGCCGCUGUUUGUUGCUUGCCAGUGUAACCACGAGGAUGUUGUGUCAGAGCUGCUGUCUAGGGGAGCCGACAUCCACGCUCAGAUGAUAGAUGGCGCCACCCCCUUGUUCAUCACAGCGCAAAAUGGACACGCUGAGCUGUUGAAGUUUCUUCUUUCUAAAGGAGCUGAUGCAAAUAUGACGAGAAAAGAUAUGGCCAGUCCCUUGUGGAUUGCUGCUCAGAUGGGACACACGGAUGUUGUGAGAGAAUUGUUGCUAGCUGGUGCUGAUGUUGAUGCAAUGAGAGAGGAUGGAGCGACCCCUUUAUUUAAAGCCUGUCAUAAAGGUCACUUAGAUACAAUCACUGAAAUUCUUAAACAUAAACCAAAUCUUGGAGUGCUUAAGAAUGGGGAAACAGUUUUACAUGCUGCUGCUUUAUUUGGCCACUCAAAGGCUGUCAGACUUUUGUUACAAUCAGGGGUCAGAGCUGAUAUUAAAAACAAGGAGGGACAGACCCCAUCAGAGCUAGCAGUAGAAGCAGGUUACGACUACAUCGCCACUUACAUCAACAACUUCAGUCAAGAUCCUGACAGUAAAAAACUUAGUGGGGCCAGUGCACCAUCUGAUGAGUAAUGUUGCAAUAUUGUGUCACAGUUUAUUUAUUGUUUACAUUCUUAAAAUGUUGGUAACUUACAAUCAAAGCCUCACAAAGUUGGCAAUUGUAUUUUGUUUAAUUAAUAAUUAGGACAAGUAUUUCAAUGUAUUUUUUUAAUGCUUGUUAUGAAUUUUAACCAUUAGUCUUUUAGCCUUGUGAUUCAUGCAUGCUAUUUUUACCUCUUUACCUCCAGCAAUACCAUUUUUAAAUGGAUUUGCCGAUGUUUGUUUCAUAUUGAAUCAGUCCUAGUUUUUAAUUGAUAUUUUUAGUUGUUUUGUUUUUAAAAUCAAACCCUAAAAAAACAAUGUCCCUAGUUUUUGCAUUAUUACUUGCAACCUGUUUUGUUUUUGUAUCUUCUAAAUUAAAAAAAUAAUAGUUGAACCACACACUUUAUUUUGCCAAUCAAAUAAUAUUUAUAUAUCAUAAUAUUCUUUAUUUGUGUGAUACUACUAAUUAGUAAUUACUAACAAAGCCAGCUUAUUGUAAACUAACAUGGACAAAAUGAUGUGAUAUGUGAAUGUAAUUUAGGAUAUUUUUAUUUAUUUUUAAAAUUUAUUUACAAACUGAACUGUAAAAUUUGUAGCGCUGCAUGCAGCUUACCUCUUUAUAUUUUAAAAUGUGUUCAUGGAACUGUUAAUAUGAUAUUUUUUUAUCUAACUUAAAGCACACAAAUAAUUGUAUGGCAGUUUAAGUUGGAAGAGUUGUAUAAUCAAUAUUUUACAAUAAAAUUUUACAUAAUAGAUGGGGGGAAAAAAUAAAAUUAUAACCAUCACUGUUUUUGAUUUUGCUUAAUGAGUAGCAUAAUCACAAUUUUUCUCUUUAAUGAACAUUCUUUAAAGUCUUUCUCUUAGAUAUACUUAAACAGUUGAAAACUAAUCAAC